CCGUAACUUACUUUCACACGUACCAAACAUCCAAACAGAAUGCAACAAGUUCGUUAUUACUUGCAGUCUGCCAUACUUUCGCGGGAAAAAAAUAACUGAAACAGAAGAAAUGGGAUCGAGAGAGAAGAAUGGUGAUCUACAGCAUUUGAUUCCGUUACAAGGUUUACGCUUACCGGAACCUAACGGUGACUCCAGAUCGUCGUCACCAGCCGAUUCUCCUCCUGGAGCUCCCUCCACCGCACGACAGUCCGGCAAAGAGGCAUUAGUCAAAGUUCUUCACAGCUGGGCAUCAAAAAAGUUCAUGAGUGGAUGUGUAAUCUUAUUUCCCAUAGCUAUCACAUUUUAUAUAACUUGGUGGUUCAUUCAUUUUGUCGACGGAUUCUUCUCCCCGUUCUAUACUCUUCUCGGAAUCAAUAUUUUUGGUCUGGGAUUCGUGACCUCCAUUACUUUCAUAUUUUUGGUUGGUGUGUUCAUGUCUUCAUGGUUAGGAACCAAUCUUCUCAGUUUAGGAGAGCUUAUUAUACAAAAAAUGCCGUUCAUGAGUUAUAUCUACGCGGCUUCUAAACAAAUUAGUGUUGCUAUAUCUCCAGGUCAAGGUUCAAAUGCAUUUAAGGAAGUUGCCAUCAUAAAGCAUCCGAGUGCUGGAGAAUACGCAUUCGGAUUCAUAACGUCGACUCUUGUCCUUCGGAAGAAUUUGGGUGGUGAGGAGCUUUGUUGCGUGUAUGUGCCAACCAACCACCUUUAUAUGGGUGAUAUAGUUCUCGUCAAUUCCAAAGAUGUUAUGAGGCCCGAUAUCUCUGUUCGAGAAGGUAUAGAGAUUGUUAUCUCAGGAGGCAUGUCGAUACCUAAGAUAUUAACGAUGACCAACUCGCAAAACUCUCUUUCGUCAAGAGCUGGGAAGUAUGUUAUUCCACAAGUAUGAUGUCAAUGCAAACUCUAGGAACAUGCCUAACAACAUAUACCAUUAAGUUGACAAGUUUUGAUACUUUAAACCACUACUUGCUUUUAAAACUAGAUUCUUAGGGAUUCUUUUAUGUGGAUAACUUGUGUGAUGAAUUAAUUUUAAUUUUUGUAUUGCUUUA